AUGUCGGCGCUCACCGAAGUCACAUCCGAGGCGGACUUCUCGUCGCAUCUGGCCUCUCUCGCCCCUUCUGCACUUGUCGUCCUCUACUUCCACACACCAUGGGCUGCUCCCUGCACCCAGAUGCGCGCCGUCCUUGAUGCCUUGGCCACCCAGUACCCCGCCGCCGCCCCGCCAACCAUCUCCUUCCUCAGCAUCAAUGCCGAGGAGCUCCCAGACAUUUCGGAGGAAUAUGAUGUCUCUGCGGUGCCUUUUGUCGUCUGUGUGCGUGAUGGCCAGGUUCUCGAUUCCGUCAGCGGCAGUGAUGCCAUCAAAGUGCGCGACCUUGUCGAGCUGCAUGCGGGCCGCGGCACCACUGGUCCUAUCGAUGGAGUGAACAGAGCCAACAUUCCGCCUCUUCUGUCUGCUGUGCCCCGCGAGGAUGCACCCACCACUGCCACUCAGGCGCCAGUCUCCGGUGUUGAUGGCUCAGCCGGCCCCGCUGCGAACGCUACUCCCGUCACCUCAGGCCAGUCUUUGACUCCAGAGCAGACCAAGGAGGCGCUCUGGGCGCGCCUGACUGACCUCGUCAAGGCCGCUCCAGUCAUGCUAUUCAUGAAGGGCACACCAAGCUCUCCUCAGUGCGGUUUCAGUCGGCAGUUGGUCGGCAUUCUUCGUGAGCGCAGCGUCAAGUAUGGAUUCUUCAACAUCCUGGCCGACGAGGAAGUCCGGCAGGGGCUGAAGGAGUUUGCCGACUGGCCAACCUUCCCGCAGUUGUGGGUGAGCGGAGAGCUUGUGGGUGGAUUGGAUAUUGUUCGCGAGGAAAUCAACAGUGAUCCCAACUUCAUGAAAGAAUUCUCGGUCAGCAAGCCUGUGGCCGUUUAG